AUUCUUAUUAUUCCUCAGUGCUAGGCGUAAAUCGGACAAUUUGUAUUAAUAAAACCCCAUAAUGCAACACCCUUUGAAAUGCAGGGGAUCAUCGCCUUGACAAAAAUGAUCCGCUCAAACGCGCCCAUUCUCUCUGUUUGAGUCUGCGUGCACGUUAACUGGAGACUCCCAGCGUCGUCCGGGCUCCUGACACUGUGACUGAAUGGAAUCUCACUGCCACACAGAACUACGGCUCCCAGAAUCCAAGCCUCCUUUUACCGGCCUAAACGUCACAUUCCUGCAUUCCCCGGUGUCUGGAAGCGUAAUCUUUUCUUUCCGAACACAUUUCUCUCCGGAGAAAUACACCGAUGACACGGCGGGUUUAAUAUCAGGAGGUUCUUCAGGAUUCCCCCAGCUGUCCGAAUCCAAGAUUUGGGUCCCUCCCUCCUCCUUCCCUCUGUCCCCCGCCAGGUGGCAGGCAGCAGGUCGCCAUGGAGAACUCGUCUGUGGCGUCAGCUUCCUCAGAGGCUGGCAGCACGCGCUCGCAGGAGAUUGAGGAGCUGGAGCGCUUCAUCGACAGCUACGUGCUGGAGUACCAGGUGCAAGGCCUGCUGGGAGAUAAGAACGCGGCAGACCUGGACGGAGACAACAAGCCCCAGUCCCACAUCUCACAGUGGACAGAGGACUGCAAUGACAGGAAAGAUGGGAGUUGGUCAUCCUCACGGGGGAGGGGCUCCACCAAACCGGAUGAGUGGGAUCACAGUAGUAAUGGCAGUACAGGGUCCAGGCCCAGCUCUGGUUCAAGGCCUGGUUCAGGUUCUAGGUCCGGCAGCAGAGGGAGGAACAACCAGUUCAGAGGGCCAGCCAAGAACGGGAACAGAGAAGGGUCAUUUGACAUCCUGGGUACUGAUAUCUGGGCUGCUAACACCAUGGACUCUCAUGGGGGGGCGACAUGGGACCUCCAGCCUGAGAAGCUAGACUUCAGUCAGUUCCACAGGAAACCCUUCAGAGGAACACCAAAGCAUCUACCACACAUCGAUAGAGAGGGGAUGAUGAAAGGCAAGUUUGAAGAUGAUGAUGAUGGCAUCGACCUGAAUGACAUGGAGAAGUUCCUGCCAGGCCUUACUGGUUUCCUGCCCCUGCCUAAUGAAGCAGAGAUCGCACACACCAAAACGCUCUUCCGACGCAGGAGGAACGACCGACGAGGGUUGCACCACAUCAUCCAGGACCAUCUAGACCUAACCGUGCUGCUGCCGCCCGGGGGGAAACGACUGGUCAGUACCAGGAGACAGCAGCAGCAGAGACCUCCGGGAGGUGGAGGAGACAGGAAGACCCAGAAUCCUCAGCAGCAGUCGCCACAACGACAACAACCUCCAUCUCAACAACAACCGGUCAAUCAGCAACAGAAUGACCAGCAGCAGCCCGGGCCGGGGGGUCAUGGUAGAUACACUCGUGACCAGCAGCAGCAGCAGCAGCAGCAGGGAGGACAGCGUGGAGGUAGCCACGGGCAACAGUUCCAGGGCCACGGCGGGCAGCGUCAGGGACCUCCCCACCACGGCUAUAGCCAGAAUCGCCGCUGGCACCACAACCAGAAGGGGCAGGGGGUAGGACAGGGACUGCAGGGGCAAGGGGGCCCGGCAGGUGACAGGGACAGGGGGCAACCACAACGGGAGACAGGGACCGAGGGGGCAACCACACCGGGAGACCGGGACCGAGGGGGCAACCACAACGGGAGACAGGGACCGAGGGGGGUAACCACAAUGGGAGACAGGGACCGAGGGGGGCACCAACGAGAGACAGGGACAGGGGGGCACCAACGGGAGACAGGGACAGAGGGGGCACCAACGGGAGACAGGGACAGAGGGGGGCACCAACGGGAGACAGGGACAGAGGGGGGCACCAACGGGAGACAGGGACAGAGCGGGGGCACCAACGGGAGACAGGGACAGAGGGGGCACCAACGGGAGACAGGGACAGAGGGGGGCACCAACGGGAGACAGGGACAGAGGGGGGCACCAACGGGAGACAGGGACAGAGGGGGGCACCAACGGGAGACAGGGACAGAGGACAGAGGGGGCAACCACAACGGGAGACAGGGACAGGGGGGCAACCACAACGGGAGACAGGGACCGAGGGGGUUAACCACAACGGGAGACAGGGACCGAGGGGGGCAACCACAACGGGAGACAGGGACAGAGGGGGGCAACCACAACGGGAGACAGGGACAGAGGGGGCAACCACAACGGGAGACAGGGACAGAGACAGGGGGGGCAACCACAACGGGAGACAGGGACAGAGGGGUGGCACCGCUCAGAAACACCAAAGAGACAAAGAAUGUGAAGGCAGAGGAGACCAGCACCAGGCUAGAGACAGAGAUCUCCAAGGGCCCCAGUGAGGGGCUUCCCAGCCAGCCUGGGGGCCAGGAGAAGGGCCAGAGCCCGACGGGGAGUGACAAGCACAGGGAAAGCCAGCUGGACGAGGGCCCUAAAGUCAGCCUGCUGCAAUCAUCCAAGGAGAGGCUGAGGAGGAGGCUAAAAGACAAGGAGGAGGCUGUGGUGUCUCCGGUCGGGCCCCAGCGGAGCCGCAUGCACCGCCUGCUGGAGAUCCUGAACAGCAUGAGGAGCAACAGAGCCGGGGUGGACAGCCAGCUCAGCUCCUUCAUGGAGGAGGCCCAGAGCUCGACCCAGUCAGAGGAGACCCUGGCCCAGAUAGUCAGCACCAUCUAUGACAAGGCCCUCAGCGACAGGAGCUUUGCUGCUACUGCUGCAAGGCUCUGUGACAAGAUGGCCCUGUUCAUGGUGGAGGGGACCAAGUUUAGGUCACUACUGCUCAAUAUGUUACAGAAGGACUUUUCUCGUCGGGUGGAGCUGCAGGCGUCUGACGUGGAGCUUUGGUUGGGAUUCAUCACCUUCCUGUGUGAGGUUUUUGGAACCAUGAGGUCCAGCGCUGGAGAACCGUUUAGGGUGUUGGUCUGUCCUAUAUACACCUGUCUCCGAGAGCUGCUGCAGUCUCCCGAGGUCAAGGAGGAUGCAGUCCUCUGUUGUUCUAUGGAGCUGCAGUCCACAGGUCAUCUCCUGGAGGAGCAGCUUCCAGAGAUGAUGACUGAGCUCCUUGCCACAGCUAGGGACAAGAUGCUAUGUCCGGCUGAGUCCCAGCUGACCCGCUCCCUCCUCAUGGAGGUCAUCGAGCUGCGUGCCCAUCACUGGACCCCUCUGGAGGCCCUCACCACACAGUACUACAACAGGACCAUUCAGAAGCUCACCACCGCCUAACCACCCAGGUCCCAGGCCUGGACCUAGGUUCACACGUCUUCGGGUCUCUCUUGAAAAAUACAUUUUAUCUCAAUAAGACUACCUGGUUAAAUCAGAUAAAAAGGUCCACUAAUCUGACAUAGGGAGGCCUUAACUGGGUUGAUAGCUAGGAGGCAUGGGACAGUACCGGGCGGCAGGACAGAAUUUAUCUGGGGACGAAAGGGUUUAGGUUACGGUUUGGGGAUGAGACAGAAACGUGAAACCAUGCAUAAACAAGACAAACACUACACACACAACUAAAAGGACUGGCCAUGCUGCCUGUUCCAACGAGAUGGGAGGAGGACAAAGAGUGGUUGUGAGGCGCAUAGAGGAGAAGGGUGUGUGGGGGUACAGGGUCGGGUAACAGCCGUCUCUGGGGAACAGAGGGUCUCCUCUGAGGUUAAAAAGAGAAGGUGGUGUCCAGAGGGACAUUUCAUUCUCUAUCUCCUUUGUGCUUGUUUGCCAACUAUCCCCCUAUCUGUUUCCUCUCUCUCCUCCUCCUCUCAGCUCUAGACCCCUUCCACCCCUAUCUGUUUCCUCUCUCUCCUCCUCCUCUCAGCUCUAGACCCCUUCCACCCCUAUCUGUUUCCUCUCUCUCCUCCUCCUCUCAGCUCUAGACCCCUUCCACCCCUAUCUGUUUCUCUCUCUCCUCCUCCUCUCAGCUCUAGACCCCUUCCACCCCUAUCUGUUUCCUCUCUCUCCUCCUCCUCUCAGCUCUAGACCCCUUCCACCCCUAUCUGUUUCCUCUCUCUCCUCCUCCUCUCAGCUCUAGACCCCUUCCACCCCUAUCUGUUUCCUCUCUCUCCUCCUCCUCUCAGCUCUAGACCCCUUCCACCCCUAUCUGUUUCCUCUCUCUCCUCCUCCUCUCAGCUCUAGUCCCCUUCCACCCCUAUCUGUUUCCUCUCUCCUCCUCCUCUCAGCUCUAGACCCCUUCCACCCCUAUCUGUUUCCUCUCUCUCCUCCUCCUCUCAGCUCUAGACCCCUUCCACCCCUAUCUGUUUCCUCUCUCUCCUCCUCCUCUCAGCUCUAGACCCCUUCCACCCCUAUCUGUUUCCUCUCUCUCCUCCUCCUCUCAGCUCUGACCCCUUCCACCCCUAUCUGUUUCUCUCUCCUCCUCCUCUCAGCUCUAGACCCCUUCCACCCCUAUCUGUUUCCUCUCCCUCCUCCUCCUCUCAGCUCUAGACCCCUUCCACCCCUAUCUGUUUCCUCUCUCUCCUCCUCCUCCUCAGCUCUAGACCCCUUCCACCUCUGUUUCCUCUCUCCUCCUGUCAGCUCUAGACCCCUUCCACCCCUAUCUGUUUCCUCUCUCUCCUCCUCCUCUCAGCUCUAGACCCCUUCCACCCCUAUCUGUUUCCUCUGUCUCCUCCUCCUCUCAGCUCUAGACCCCUUCCACCCCUAUCUGUUUCUGUCUCUCCUCCUCUCAGCUCUAGACCCCUUCCACCCCUAUCUGUUUCUGUUUCCUCCUCUCAGCUCUAGACCCCUUCCACCCCUAUCUGU